CUAGAGGGAUAAUUUAGCACCCCUAAUUAUUUUUCAUUUUUUAAGUGCCAAUUAAAUUUUUAUUAUUAUUUUUAUCAAAUAAAAUUAUUUCCGGGUUGAUAAUAUAUAUGAUCAGUGAUGGCAGAAGUGGAGGAUAUACAAAGUGAAAAUCUCAAAGAGAACAAAAUGCAGAGCACUAAUAUGAAACUAAUAGGCAGUUCGUCCGUCAUCGAUGACCAUCUUUCUGAAGAUAGUGCCUCGAGUGGUGUUGCUUCUGAAGAUGAUGAAAUUUUACAUAAAGUCCAAAAAGAACAAGUCUGGUUUGCUAGUCUUCCAGACAGAGCUUCUCAUGAAAAAUUUUUGCGCAGGGCUGUCGAUUUAAUGCUUGAACGAGCUGUUUUUGCUUCCACAUCGAGAGAUGCAAAGGUGACCCAAUGGUGUGAUCCAGAAAAACUCCAGAGCAUCCUGGAUCUUCAACUCCGUACAACCCCUUGCGACCAUGAUGUCCUACUCAGUCUAAUCAAAGACACCAUCCACUACUCAGUGAAAACAGGACAUCCCUAUUUUGUGAAUCAAUUAUUUUCGGCAGUUGAUCCAUAUGGUUUAGUUGGCCAAUGGUUGACCGAUGCUUUAAAUCCUAGUGUUUAUACCUAUGAAGUCUCACCAGUAUUCACAUUGAUGGAAGAGACAGUACUUCAGGAGAUGAGGAGGAUAGUUGGAUGGAAAGAUGGUUAUGGGGAUGGUAUAUUUUGUCCUGGUGGAUCUAUUGCAAACGGUUAUGCUAUUAGUUGCGCAAGACAUAAGCAUGUACCAGAGAUUAAGAGUAAAGGUCUACAUGGAAUUCCACGUCUAGUCUUAUUCACAUCCGAAGAUGCGCAUUAUUCAGUUAAGAAAUUGGCCUCUUUCAUGGGAAUAGGUUCUGACAACGUGUAUCUCAUCAAUACCGAUUCCAGGGGUAAAAUGGACCCGAAACAUCUUGAAAGUGAAAUUGAGAGAUCAUUAUUGGAGGGAGCAAAGCCAUUCAUGGUAUCGGCGACCGCAGGAACAACCGUUCUCGGAGCCUUUGACCCAAUCCCAAAAUUAGCCGACAUCUGUACGAAGUACGGACUCUGGUUGCACGUGGACGCCGCUUGGGGCGGGGGCGCACUCAUGUCCAAGAAACAUAGACAUCUCUUGGAAGGCAUAGAAAGAGCCGACUCAGUUACAUGGAACCCCCACAAGCUCCUAACAGCCCCCCAGCAGUGUUCAACAUUCCUUCUACGACACACAGGUUUGUUGACAGAUGCCCAUUCGUCCAAGGCCCAAUAUUUAUUCCAAAAAGAUAAAUUCUACGACACCCAAUUCGACACAGGCGACAAACACAUCCAAUGUGGUCGCCGAGCUGAUGUUCUAAAAUUCUGGUUCAUGUGGAAAGCCAAAGGCACCGAUGGAUUUGAACAUCACAUCGACAAAGUGUUCGAUAAUGCUCAAUAUUUCACAGAAGAAAUACGAAAUCGUAAAGGUUUCGAACUAGUUUUACCUGAACCUGAAUGUACAAAUAUAUGCUUCUGGUAUUUACCACCAAGUAUGCAAAAUAAAUCCUUUAAGGAUCUUGAAAGUCGCGAGAGCGCUUUGCAUAAAGUUGCACCAAAAAUUAAGGAAAGGAUGAUGAGAGAUGGAUCUAUGAUGAUCACCUACCAACCUCUGAAGAAGUUACCAAAUUUCUUUAGACUGGUUUUACAGAACUCAGGGUUGGAACACUCAGAUAUGGACUAUUUUAUUUCUGAGAUUGAAAAAUUAGGAGCAGAUUUGUAA